CCAAAAACCAUCCACAAUGUCGUACCCUCCUACAACCACAUAUCAGCACCCCACACAGCCCUCAAUUGAUGCUCCAGUCGUUGCAAAGCAGCCCAUCUCACAACGAGUCAUGGAUAUUAGGAAUGCUGGAUCAAGAGAGUCUAUACAGGAGAAACAGCAGGACGAAGAAGUUAUGAGACUGAGAGGCGGAUGUCCCGGUCAUCUCUGUGGUCUUCCUAUUCUCCCAUGCCGAUGUGACAUUUGUAUCAUCCCUAUACCGUGCUGUUAGACCAUCAACGAAGCAUAAUGCGCUCCAUACGACCCCUUGUAUUUAUUAUACACGACUAUGUAUCG